AAUUCACAUGUGGGACAUAGUUCAAAACUGUGAUAAACGAUGUGUAGACGGAUUGAAUUUUAAAAGUUAGAAGGAAUUUCGAAUAUGGCAUCUUCCAAAGAUAGCAUUUUUGAGAGAGUCCUGCAGACUUUGGCAGUUGCGGCCGUGGUGACUAUACAAGUACUCUUUUUCUUGUUCAUACCUGCGUUAAGCUGCUAUAUGAUAUUUUCGACCAAAUACUGGUGGAUUUGCGUGCUGUAUUUCACUUGGUAUUUAAUAUUUGAUAAAGACGCAUCCGUAACAGGACGUCGAAGAUCCGAAUGGGUUAGAUCUUGGACCUGGUGGGCCUAUGCCAGAGACUAUUAUCCCCUGAAGGUUGUGAAGCUGCCUUGUGGUGAAUUAGAUCCUAAACGCAACUAUUUGUUCUGUAUUUACCCUCAUGGCCUACUGUCUGCCAGUACGUAUUUAUCAGUUGCUACAAAUGUAACAGAAUUCACGAAACUUUUCCCACACCACAAGUCUUAUAUGCACACCAUUUCCGCCUUUUACAAGGUACCUGUAGUGAGGGAUUUAGCACUUUGGGCGGGAGGAGUGGAAGCAUCUAAAAAAGCUCUGGAGUAUAAUCUGAGCAAGAAAGAUGGAGGUAACAUAUCAACACUUGUUGUCGGAGGCGCUCAAGAGGCCUACUAUUCCAAUCCUGGUAUCCACAAAAUUGUUUUGAAGAAAAGGAAGGGAUUCAUCAAGAUAGCCUUAACCCAAGGCUCACCUCUCGUUCCUGUAUAUAGUUUUGGUGAAAACGAAAUAUUCUCUCAAUUGGAAUUCGACGAAAACUCGAUCUUUCAGAAGUUCCGGGAGUUAGUGAGGAAGAAAUUAGGGUUUUGUAUUAUUUAUCCACUUGGACGAAUGGAUCUACUUGGCCUGAUUCCGAAGAGGAAACCAAUCACGUUUGUUGUGGGCGAGCCAAUAGAUGUUGAGAAGACUGAGAAUCCAACGCAAGAGCAGAUCGACAACUUACAUCAACUUUUCGAGAAGAAACUAGUUGAACUCUUCGAGAGUCAGAAGAAGCACUAUUUGAAAGAUUAUGAGAAUGCUCAUUUGGAAAUAAUAUAGAUUCACUGUUUACUAUUCUUAUGAAUGUCAUUGUUAUCAUAUUCAGGCUAUUUUUAUCAAGAUACUCAUGUUUGCAUAUGUUCGAAUAAUAAAAUCCGUUUUACUCUUA